AUGGACCUUGGACUCCCGGAACAGGUACGCUGGAUACAGUGGAGGUGCAAAGGGGUAUCGAACGUUGUAGUGCUCAUCACGGGAGACAUGGACAACAAGGGCGUCGGAGCGUGGGAGCAGGGGGGUGGAGGGCAUCCGGCCCCGCCUGUGUACGACUCGUACUUUGGUCCGCACCACGAGGAACCAGCCUUCCAGUUGUUGCCAGCGCUGCUUAAACCAAAAUCAAGGGGAGUACUAAGGCUGGCCAGCCGGGACGUCCACGAUUUUCCACUCAUGGACCCACGCUACUUCUCUCAUCCCGAAGACGUGAAAGUCUGCGUCGCAGCCACGAAAUUUGCCCUCGACUUGGUGACGGCGAAAGCCCUGAAGGAAGAUCUCGGAACUAAAAUAUGGGACAUUCCUUUCCCUGCUUGCAAACGCCACAGUCUGUGGUCUGAGGAAUACAUUGCGUGCCUGUGCAUCCACUUCACGAUCACUGUGUGGCACUACUCCGGAACCUGUCGAAUGGGGAAUGGAACGGAGGCUGUCGUGUCGCCCCGUCUCAGGGUUCGUUCUAUUCGUGGUCUACGUGUGGUGGAUGCUUCAGUGAUGCCCGAGAUUGUGUCUGCGAACACAAACAUUCCAGUUCAGAUGAUUGCCAUGAAAGGAGCCGCGAUGAUCCUGGAAGACUACUAUGCCAAGAGAGGAUGA